AUGGCGACCUGGAGCCUCCACAACCCCCGUGCCGGCACGUCAAGGACAUCCUACGCAGGCAGCAGGUGGCUCUCGCGGGCCGUGCUGGGCUAUGGGCUAUGGCUGGGUGUGGAUUGUCCUUUUUUUGGCGCCUCUCGUCUCUUGUCUCGCGCCGUCUGCCCAUCUUGCCCGUCUGGCUGGGACGGCCGAGAUCUGACCUGCACGCGCAGAAACGAAUGUGCCAGUCGUGCCUGGCCCAGCCCAGCCCAGCCCGGCUUCAGGCUGCAUGCUGCUAUGUUGCUUGCUUCUAUUGCUGUCAUUGCUGCCUUUGCUGCCAUGGCUGCUCAUGCUGCAUCCAGUAUUGACUGUAUUGAGAUUGAGGCGAGAUGA